GUUUAUUUUAUUUUCCGGUUGAAUAACGUCUCUCCAAGUUCUGUAUUUUAUAUUCAGAUCCGUAUAGUUUAUAUUUUCCGGAAAGUUUAUUUCUUCUGUGUAUUUUGUGUAUUUUAAUUUCUUCCGGAAAGUUUGUGUUUUCUUUAAUGAGUUUUGAAAGCUUAUUUCGCAAUUUUGUAUUUUUUAUAUUUUCCGGAAAGUUUAUUUUACAAUUAUAAUUUUAAACUUGGAAGUUUUGUAUUUCCUUUCCGGUUCUAUUUCCUUUCCGGAAUUGUGUUUUUAAAUGAAUUAUUUUUGUGUUUUUACAAUUCAAGUUUAUUUUACAAUUAAACAAAUUAAAGAUAAAAUCAGAGUGAAUAAUGAAGUGAGGGGGGGAAUAGACAGACUAGUAUUGCCAGCAUUGAUUUAUUCAAUAAAUGCCCUUUAUAGAAAUUGAUUUUUAAAUUUUUUUUUAAAUUAAAAUUUUAAAUUAAAAUUUAUUUAAUAAAAUUCCCCCCAAAUUUUUUUUUAUUAUUUUUUUUCUUCCACUGCGCCGCGAAGAAUCGAUUAUAUUUUUUAUUUGUUUUGCCUGCACCUUCUGUGGUUUCUCGUGCAAACCGCCCUCUUGGCUUUACAAUUGACCGGAUAACAAACACUACAAUUUUAUUUUAUUUUUAUUUUCCCAGUAAAAGAAUUUUAUUUUCCAAAAAUAAAAUUAAAAAAGAAAAAAAAAUUUUAUUUUUUUUUCUUACUCAAAAAAAUUUAAAUCAAAAUAAUCAGAUUAAUUUUUAAUUAAUUAAAUGAGUUUUGAUUGUCAUUUGCAUGUAGCUGUUACACCAUACUCUAACAAAUUUGUUCAUGAUGGAGUAAAGGCUGUCGAGAAAUUCGAUCCCAACAAUUUAAUUCGGCUUCCAUGGCCGCGUACUUUCCACGGCAAGGGUCGCGUUCCCGAAGGCGGACUUGGAGGGCAAAUUGUUGCCGAACAGAUGCAUGUUGUUUGGCACGGUGACUCCCUUAUUUGCCCCAUUUCUGAACAAGUAAAUUUUAAUUUUUUGGAUUUUUAA